CUGCGUGAUUUACCAUGGAAAAAUUGCUCUGUGGCAUCCUGGUGUUUGGAAUGGCUGUCAUGGUCAAUGCUUGUCCCAAAUAUUGUGUCUGUCAGAACCUGUCUGAGUCACUUGGGACUUUGUGUCCCUCCAAGGGUCUACUGUUUGUACCACUAGACAUAGAUCGAAGGACUGUUGAGCUUCGACUUGGGGGAAACUUUAUUAUUAAUAUCAGCCGACAGGAUUUUGCCAAUAUGUCUGGGCUCGUUGACCUCACAUUGUCCAGAAACACCAUCAGUUAUAUACAGCCAUACUCUUUCACUGACUUGGAGAGCCUUCGGUCUUUACAUCUGGACAGCAACAGGCUACCUGACAUUGGAGAAGAUAUUUUGAGAGGCUUAAUUAACCUUCAGCACUUGAUUUUAAACAACAACCAGCUAACCAGCAUCUCUGAUGAAGCCUUUGAGGAUUUUUUGCUAACGUUGGAAGACUUAGACCUUUCCUACAAUAACCUCCGAAGCAUUCCCUGGGAAUCUAUAAGGAAGAUGAUAAACUUGCACCAGCUCAGUUUAGAUCAUAACCUGAUAGACUAUAUUACAGAGGGGACGUUUGCAGAUCUUCAGAAAUUAGCCAGAUUGGAUCUGACAUCCAAUAGACUUCAGAAGCUUCCCCCUGACCCUAUCUUUGCCAGAUCUCAAGUAAUUCCAUUAGCUGUUACCCCAUUUUCUCCACCUUUGUCUCUCAGCUUUGGGGGUAACCCACUGCAUUGCAACUGUGAGCUGCUGUGGUUGAGGAGACUUGACAGGGAUGACGAUAUGGAAACUUGUGCUUCUCCUCCAGGUCUAAAAGGAAGGUACUUCUGGUACGUACGGGAGGAAGAAUUUGUUUGUGAGCCUCCUCUUAUCACACAGCAUACUCACAAGUUGCUGGUUUUAGAAGGGCAAACUGCCACACUGAAAUGCAAAGCCAUUGGGGAUCCCACACCCAUCAUUCACUGGGUGGCCCCUGAUGACCGCCUCAUUGGAAACUCUUCAAGAACAUCUGUCUAUGACAAUGGCACCUUAGAUAUUCUCAUCACCACAUCCAAGGAUUAUGGGACUUUCACAUGCAUAGCAGCCAACGCUGCUGGAGAAUCCACUGCAACAAUUGAGCUCUCAAUUGUUCAGCUCCCACAUCUCAGCAAUGGCACAGGCCGAGCUGCCCCACCGAAGUCCAGGCUUUCAGACAUCACCAGCUCCAGCAAGUCUAAUCGAGGGGAAACAAAAGGCCCACCAGAAAGGGCUGUCUUGGUGUCAGAAGUGACCACUACCUCAGCUUUGGUGAAGUGGACGGUGAGCAAGUCAGCCCCCCGGGUAAAAAUGUAUCAGCUGCAGUAUAACUGCUCGGAUGAUGAAGUCCUGAUCUACAGGAUGAUUCCUGCUACAAACAAAGCCUUUGUCGUAAACAACCUUGUUUCCGGAACAGGCUAUGAUCUCUGUGUUCUGGCAAUGUGGGAUGACACCGCCACUACUCUUACUGCCACCAAUAUUGUGGGGUGUGCCCAAUUCUUCACCAAAGAAGACUACCCUCAGUGCCAGUCGAUGCACAGCCACUUCCUAGGUGGGACCAUGAUUCUGAUCAUUGGGGGCAUCAUUGUGGCAACUCUGUUGGUGUUCAUUGUAAUACUCAUGGUCCGCUACAAGGUCUGCAACAACUCCCAGGGGAAGAUGUCCAGCGUCAGCAAUGUCUACUCACAGACAAAUGGAGCACAGCCAGUUCAGAACGGAGUCCUGCCCCAAGUCAACCCCAAAGUGGUGGUGAGAAAUGAACUUAUGGAGUUUAACUCUGGGUCUGUGCGAAGCAGCAUCUCCUCUUCUUCCAGCUCUAUGAAUAGCCGCGACUGUGAUAACUAUAGCCUCCAAAGUGAACAGGGCACAUUGUCCAGUAAGUGGAGGCCCCCCUCCAGGUCAAAACACAACAUUGACCGUCUAAUGGGAGCUUUUGCCUCCCUGGAACUGAAAUGUCAGAAAAAGGAGGAGACGACAGACUCCAGAACUUCCACGGCGGCCCGCCACUCGGACAAAGAACCACUGCUGGGCCAGCCGGAGUCCAAAUUUCGCAGCCUCCUCAUGUUGCCUUUGGAGGGCAAAACUAAACGUAGCCAUUCUUUUGACAUGGGAGACUUUGCUACAUCUCAGUGUUGCACCUACCCAAAAAAGAUAACGAACAUUUGGACAAAGAGGAGCCUCUCGGUGAAUGGCAUGCUUUUACAGUAUGAUGACAAUGACCUAACAGGGGCAAAAGGGACUUACGGGAGUUCAGAGUGGGUAAUGGAAAGCACAGUGUAAAUAUCAGCGUCUCCCCCCAUCUUCUCCUCUCGUGUGUUAUAAAUUGUGGUUUGCUGCAGUAGCAUGCUGCUGCUGCAUUUGGAAAGAGAGGGGAGGAAAUGUUUUCAGUUGUACUGGCAAAAAAGAUAGGUAAAUAAAUAAGUAAUUGGGAUGCUAAAAGAGAAAGAAGGUCUUGCAAUGUGAAUAGGCACAUACGGCACCAUUCCUGUCGGUCCCCAGCUGAAACAUGUGUGAAUGUUUCAAGGAAUUUACUGUUGUAUUUAUCAUUGCUUUCCAAAAGUUUUUCAGAUUCUUGGUGAACUGUCAAACAAGAUUAAACAAAGAGGAUGAAAAGGGGUUUAAGUGCAUAAAUUUAACUUUAAAGGUUUUCUUUUUUUUCUUUUAUAAGGGCAACUCUUACUUUUAUCCACAGAAAUGCACUUCUGUGGAUGUAAGACUGGUGCUAGGAUGCAUCUGGUUAUUAUUGUGAAUGACUUUCUCAAAUGCACAGGCAGGGCAUCCACAGGGACAGAUUAGAGCAAAUUGUUUAUCUUGCAGCGUUAACUGUGACAUCUGGGAAAACAACAAUACCUGUCAAGUGGGCUUUUGGUUUGGGAUUUGCUGAUGUUUUGUUUUGUUUUGUUUUGCCUUGUGUGUGCUUUUGGGCUGUUUUGUUUUGUUGGUUUCUGGUUUUUUUUUCUUUCCCAGCAGAAAGUUUGUUUCCAUAUAUAUUUGGUUUUGUUUUCAGUCUCCCACUAGAUCCCCUGGAUGAAAAGGAGGAUAUGUACUAAGGUCAAAUUUCUGAAGUUCUGUAUAACCCACCUCUGAUACUACCAUUUUAUGUCCUAGAAAAAUUAAAAUCCAGGGGCUGAUAAGUUUUUUUAAAAGUCCUCCUCUUUCUUCCAUCUUCUUCAUAUUCUCUGCUUGUCAGGGCUUAAGGCAGAUUGCAGCGACUAUUGGUAUCUGGGGGUUUUGCUAACAAAGAUGCAAAAAGUAGUUAUCAAAAUCUCAUAGUAAAGGAAUUAGAAAGGGAAAACCAAAGUGUCUCCCAUGAACAGUCUACACUAUGAAUGCCAGUUGCUUCUGGCAAAAGUCACACUGUCACUCUGCUCAAUUGACAAAGAAAACACAGUUUUCCACCCUAUUGUGACAAAAGCUCUUUUUACAGUCUCCAUGACACAGCUUGACUGUACCACUGGCAUCACAUGAAAUGUAAGUUUUUGUGUGUUUCGGGGGAUUGGAUAUGUUCCCAAUUAGCCACAUAAAAAAAAGUUAAAUUUGGGUGUCACAGGAUAGGGAGUCUCCCAUGUGUCCCCUGCACACAACCAGCCUUUCCCAAGUACCCCAGUGCCCUUGUCCCUUGUCCUAAGCUAUUUGCUAACUAAGAACAGAAGCUCUUCAGGGCUUGUAAACUGAUUCUCAGAUUCCUUUUUGGGGAGCAUUGCUGUGGUUUUGGAAAUGCACAUAGUCCAUUGUCCUCGGUGACUUCGUUGUCCUCAGUGACUUGACUGUGAUUUCCAGCAUUCUGGUGGCUACUGCAACUGUCCUUCUUGUUUAUUUAUUUGUUGGCUGCCAACGAUCAGCUGCUGGGAACAAUUCUGAAAUUGCACAUUGUUCCUAUGAUUUUGUAAAAGAUGUGGGGAAAGGGUCAGGGCACAGAGCAAAUAACACAUGAAAAAUACUCUAUGUAUAUUUUUUUUAAAGGUGCAGAGGUAUAUUGUGACAUGGCUGUGUACUUGAUCUUGUAUUUGUCAUGUUUCCUACUUGGAGUUUUAGAAAUGACAUCCCUGUGAUCAGAAUAUUUUUUCCUUUUUUCUUUUUCUUUUUUUUUGCUACAAAAUGUACAGUAAAAAACAUUCUUGGGGAAAAGUACCUGCUUUUCAUUUAUUUGCUGUUCUGUGGUCUUCUGUGAUACCUAAAUAAGGAGCAGUGAUUAUUUUAAAAAAGGUCUUAAAAAUAUGUUUGCUUUCUCUUUCCUGCAAACUAUCUUUGACUUCAGGAUUUUACAUACAUAAAAUAGCAAUCCAGUAAUACAGACCCUUUUGGAAUGCAUUCCUCUUUUUAGAGAAAAGAUCUUUUAAAAGGGCAUCUUGCCUUUUUCUUCUGUGGUCACAUUUGUACAGAUCUAUAUCACUAAUGUAUUUGAACAGUGAUCUAUGCCCCGAUCCAAAACAUGAAGAAGUAAGAGGAAGCCGUUUUGAUGGCUUUGCAAGCUUUUUCUCACAGCCAACUUUAAUAUAUUCAAAAGAGAUUCAGUCAAACUUUGUUUCCAACAUCUUUCGAAGUCUGAUUUUCUUGUGCUCUUGAAGAGGAAUGGCACCUCUAGUGCCAGAAUCUACAUCAUCCAACUGUCCAGAUGGCAGCUUCCUAUUAACCAUUAACUACAUUUACAUUUAUGUUGCACUGAAGACUCUAAAAGAGGUUCAUGUAUUGAUUUUCUUUUUCUUAUUACACUGUGGUGUGGUUUGACUACAGUUUAUCAUGAUGCUGCUUCCCUUUGGGCAUGAUGUUGGGGUUGUUUUUAAUUUAGCUGUUGAGUUCAUCAUCAAGAUUAGUAGCAUAUGCAGUCAUGAAUUUUCAAAAGCAAUAUCUUACACUCUUUAUUAAAAAGCAAAACAUCUAUUUCACUUUCUCACACAGGAUUAGAGUCUGUCAGCAGAUGCUGCUUUAAAAUAAUGGAUAGCUGCCAAAUAACCCAGGUAAUAAAGUGCACAAUCUAACAGCUGUAUUUAUUACUGUUAAUCAUGAUUUCAAUUCAUUUAGCUUUAAUGAAUGAGGCUUGAUCCACAUCAGCAUAUUUGCACAUUGUGAGCAAAAUGAAAGGAGUGCCCAACAAUUGUUGCCUUUGGUACUCACAGCAUUUGGGAGGAAGAAGACCAAGGAACUUGUACAUGAGGCAGGGAGCCACACAACAAAUCAGCAAGUGAACGUCCCUGAGAGAAGGUUGGAAGCAGCCUGGCGUGAUGGUGCCAGUGCCUAGGCACCUGAUGGGACAACACUGUCCAUGUGCCACCAGCCACAGCCCUGCUCUCACAGCCGUCAAGUCCUCUGAAAUUAUCCUGCAGCUUCCCCUGUUCAACUUUGAGUGCUUCAGCGCUAUCAAAGACAACACUGUCUUUUUGAUUACAUCCUGUAACAAUGUCUUAAUUGCUAACACAGGAGCAUAACCCUCAAGUUCCUCCCCCUCACAUUUUUAUCAAGCUCUACCUGCCUGUAUAUUUGCCUCAGUUUUCACAGGUGCAUCUCUGGAUUUGAUUAUUUCUCUAUAUUGCUGUUGCGUGGUAGAGAUUAUUUCUUGCUCCAUUUCUGAGGGCAACUACACAUCAGUGGCUAGUAAAAUUACAUGCCCUUACCCAAUUUCCUGAGUGCAAUACA